GCUUCUCCUAAGAAGCAUCAGCAUCAUGUCAUUUAUAGAACCCUUUAUGAAUAUUAUCUUCACAAAGUAGAUAUUAUCCCCAUUUUACAGAUAAGGAAACUGAGGCAGAGAUGCACUGACUUGUCCAGUCACAGAACUGAGGAGUUUCUGAAAUAAUUAGUUGUCAAGCAGACGCUGACCAGUGUCGGGAGUGAGAGUUGCCUCCCUCCGGAGUUGUCUACACUUGGGAAAUGCAACAACAAAAACAGCAAGGGGUGCAAUGUGAUAGCAGCUACUUACAAGCUUAGCAGCAGCUUGGGGAAAUGAAAGGAAGGCCACACUGGGAGUCAGGAGCACACAAGGCCUGCCCCCAACCGACGCAUGAGCCACCCGGGACUCUGAGACCGCGUCCUUCCCCUCCCACCCCAAGCCCACCAGUGCCUCUGUGAAGGGGCUUUUCCACACUGGGAGUUUCCUGCCUCCAUGAAAUUAUAGCUCUGGACCCAAAAAUGUAUUUGUUGUGAUGAUAAAGAAUUAAUGCUAUCUACCACUUGUCACUGUUGCUGUCUGGCGGCUAUAAUUGCUCCUUGAUUGGUUAGCUGUAAGUGCCUGGGAAGGGGGUCCUUUAGAGGAAAUGAUAAAGGAAGGGAGGUAUACAGAGAAAGAGUUCCAGUGUCUAAGGCAGAAAGGGGGCAGGCUGGGCUGGAGCAGUGGGGAGGGCAAUGUCCUUGGGACCCCGGGGCUCAGGGAAUGCUGGGAGGGAUCCUCACUCCCUCAUCUUCCCCCAGCUCCAUGAAGGCAAGCGGGGAGUCCGACUCUGCCCCAGGAGAUGGGGCCGUCCCCUCUGCCAGCCUUCCUGGGAGCCGGGCCCCGACCUGCACCCGUUGCCGCAACCAUGGUCUCGCUGCCCCCCUCAAGGACCACAAGCACCUGUGCCUCUUCCGGGCCUGUGAGUGCCAGAAAUGCGCCCUCCUCCUGGAACGAAGGCGAAGGCGUGUCAGGGCUGCCCACCUGGCUCUGCAGAGACUGCAGGAGUCCCAGGGCCUGCCCAGAGAUGGGGGGGCCCACUGUGAAAAGGGGACCCCUGGGUCUCACGCUCAGCUGGGCCAAAGCCGGCUUGAUAAAGCUUGCCUGGACACUGGAAGGGCCAGCUACAGGUGGAGAGUCCUGGGGCUGCUGGGUAGGGAGUCUCAUCAUGGGGCAGGAGAGCAGUCGUCUCCUAUAGGCAUUUCCUGUCAUUCUCAGCUGAAGGAGAAGGGGGGGCCCCAGCCGGGGGGGACCCUCCGAGGAGCUCCCCUGACUGUGCUGAUGUCCUUUGAAACGGAGAGCGCCCCACGGGCCUUACUGCUAAGCCAGCCAUUGGACACCACGCCGCUGUCCUGGCCCCCCACGCCCUGGCUUCCCCCCACCCUGCUGGUGUCCCCGCCGCUCCCCAGUUACCUGCUGUGCCUGGAGCCCGGCAUCGCCCCACACCCGCUGCCCGGCUCCUUUCUCCACCUGACCAACCACGGGGCCCUCCCAAGCUGCCCGGGACAGUGCCAGCUACUGAUGAUCCCCGUGCCAGGGGAACCCUCCGGGCUCUCUGGCCUGGCCGAGCCAUGCUCCACGCUGAUUCUUGAGCCCUGUGGUCCCGCGGACCCCUUGCUCCUGCAGCCCCAGGCCCCAGGGGCCUCCGGCUCGGCCAUGGAACACCAGUUACAGCGGGAAGCUGCUGAGGCCUUGGUGGGCCUGUGGGACUCCUCCCAGCCCCCUGAGAGCCCCCCAUCUCCUGCUGGUCCCCCCAGCCCUGCCGGGGCAUCCCUGCACCCCCCUGGCAGCCCCUCAGGCCCGGCUGCCGCAAGGAAAGGCGAGGAAGCUCGGGCGGCAGGGGACUCUCUCAGGCUCAGCUCGCCCCCCUUGGUGACCUUCCACAUCGGCCACAUGGGAUCCCUCUCCCUGCUGGGCUGCAAGCUUCUCCCACACCCCCACCGCAGGAUGCGGACUCAGCACAUCGAGGGGCUUCUGGGCCCCUUUUAGACGCUUCUCCCCAAUAAAGGCUGAGAGAC